UUCGCAAUUAAAAACAUUUUUGAUAUUAUUUCAUAAAUUAGUUAAAUUAAACAUAUUUUACUAAAAAUGUUGUCGUUUUUCUCUAAAAAGAAGGAUAAACCAGAUACACCACCAGAAGAAGCUAUUCAAGGUCCUCAAAGUAAUGGUGAUGACUUCAUUUUUGUGGAAAGGAAGGCCGAAGACGAUCCACCCAAGGAGCCCAAUCAACCAUUUGUAUAUCCGCCGAUGCCAGCACUACCUACAUCAUAUAAUGUAUACAAUCCAACAACAAUAAAUAGUUCCAGUGGCCCAGUGCCUUACGUUCAGGAUGUGCCGUUCGAAUUCGCACCGCAACUUAACACAAACAACGUUUUCGAAGUAACACAAUUGGAAGUGGACGGUAUUUUGGCAGUUUUAACGCGACAAAUGUCCAUAGAUGCGGCGGAUGAAUAUAAUUUUACAUUGGAAAGAUCGAUAUGUUAUUAACAUGAAGCAAUACGCAAUCACUAAAUAUUAUUUUUUUAUUAAAUUAUCUGCGCAAAUUCAAAGUUAAUAAAAUUGUAUAUAUAGAAUAGUGUUGACACUAUCGUCUUCAUAGGGAAUAAUAAUAGACAGUACAGUUUGAUUUGGUAUCUUGUGGUGAUAAAAUAAGGUCCCAAUAUACCAUUUUUACUGCCAGUUAAGAAAAUGUUAUGCAAAAAUAUUUUGUUUUUGGUGAGUCAUUAUUUUAUUUA